CGUAGCAUAAACAUAGAGCGUCGGUCGCUUUGCAGGACAUUCGCCGUCGCCGCCUGCUUCGUUGCGCGCGUGUGUGUCUACGCCGAGUGUGCGUGAAUGUGUGUGUAGGAUCGAUCUCGGGCGCGUGUCUGUGAGCGAGUCCUUUUUGACAGCUCGCCUACUGUGGGGAGUCCUGGAGGGAGGAAGGAUUCGUGUGCGUGUAUUGGUGCGUGCGAUUGCGUAGCACCGGGGAAGAUCCUGACGGAUUAGGGUGGCCUGUAAUUUAGCUCUGGAAGCGCAUUCAGGGCAGAUUUAGUGCCGCUUCUUCGUCGCCUAGUGCUAAUAAUAGCCUACUGCGUGCGCGCUCACUCUUUUCUCCGCGCGCUAAUGGUUUAAUUACGGGAAGAGAUUAGUGCAAUGUGCUGGAUCGUCGUCGUCGUCUUGGCCGACUCUUGUUCGCCGACAUGGCAGGAAAUCGGCACCGCCUGAGCCGCAGGUUCCCGGAACAUCAACGCUGUCGGAGAGCAUAAAUUUAUGCUGUCUUGACAUGCGAUACAGCAUCCUUCUCGAGUGGAAGAAACGACCCGACGUAGUUCAGGAGUGUUCAAACAAAAACGCCUCGAUUUUUUUAUGUGUGGGGAGUUGAUCUUUUUCUCAGAUUUGAGCAAGAAUCGAAGAAUCGAUACCGAAGCGCCGAAAUAGGAGCCUCAUAAAUCAGUGCGAUUUUUGGUGGAAUCUGCGGGGUACAGAAAAAGGAAGAAAAAGGCCAUUAUUUAGAGGCCGUUUAGCGAUUGUGGAGUUUGAAGAAAAGGGUCGAUUCGCAGAUUCCCCCCUCCCGUCAAACUGGUUUAGGAGGCCAAGCCGGAAUGUUGGUCAAAAUCAAAGCCAUCUCGGCGGUUGUGCAACAUCGCGAUUGAGCGAAGAAAUUGAAUAAUACCAGCUAUUGAGUGAGUGCGGGGCUUUGUCGACUUGAUCGACUCAAUGCAAAAAUCAAGCAAGCAGAUGAGAGUGGAGAAGGUGAAGUGCAGCACCCCCGUACCAAAGUGUUAAUGAAGAAAUUAUAUGAUUCGCGGCCAGCGUGCAAGCAACAAACGUCAAAGUAGGCCGUCGACGGACGACAUUUGAAGGCAAUCCCUCACUCAAACGUCAUAAACUUGUCACCUGAACUAUCGCACCGUAUCUGAACCAUAUCGGACGAGAGCAUCAACAAUAACAGAAGAAAGAAAACAUACAAACAAACAAAAACCCCGUUCGGAAUUUCGACCCGAAAGCGGAAAAGUGAAACCCCAAACAAAGCAAAACGAAAACAAAACAAAACACGCGACAACCGCGCAUCCAUUCUAACACCGGCGUGUAAACAAAUUUAUACAAAUUCAAAGCCACCAAUUAAAUAUGUAACGAAAAUGAUGGAAUAACAAAAAAGGUGACUCACACGUUAGAACGCGUUUAGAAUUUACUCUUUUUUUUGGGGUUAUGUCGUCGUGACCACCACAAAAGCGAAUGCCAAACAAAAACUACGAGUGUGAGUGGCGUUAGUUCUGGCCGUCAGCCAACAUAAUGGCGCGAUAAUUAGAUGAAUGAAGGAAACAAGUGAGAAGAAAGAGGGUGAAAAUUAGAAGAGAGUGAAGAAAAUUGGGAGGUUGAGCGCACCAAGAUAGCAAUCACAAAAGCGAAGCGAAGAAAGAGAAAGUGAAAAAUUGUAAGAAGUGGUCAAAAUUCGAUAAUUAUAGCACACAAAGUGAGAGAAGAGAGGUUUGGAGGUGUGAAGUGUGAAUUGUGUGUGGCUUGCCCUAGCAUUCUACAGCUUUUUUUGUUUUAUGUGAUAAAUGAGCUGCGACAUCGCAACUCCGGAAGCAGACAAGGAUCGAGUGUCGGACCAAUGAUGGAUAACCUCUGGACGGCGCUGUUAAUUAUUGGGAUUACGCUUUGUCAGCACACAACAGCUCAACUCCGGACGCCCCGGAUAACGGAACAUCCGAGCGACGUUCUGGUGCCGAAAAAUGACCCGGUGACGCUCAACUGCAAGGCCGAGGGCAAGCCGGAACCCAAGAUCGAGUGGUACAAGGAUGGUGAACCGGUCAAGUUUACCCCGAACCAUGUGCUGCUCCCCUCGGGGUCGCUGUUCUUCCUGCGGACCGUGCACGGCAAGAAGGAACAGGACGGCGGGGUUUACUGGUGCGUGGCCACCAACGCCGCCGGGACCGUACUGAGCCGGAACGCGACGCUGCAGAUUGCGGUCCUCCGCGACGAAUUCCGGGUGGAACCCAAGGACACCCGAGUGGCGGCCGGCGAAACCGCCCUGCUCGAGUGUGGCCCGCCCAAGGGAAACCCGGAACCGACCAUCAGCUGGCGCAAGGACGAAAUCAUGCUCGAUCUGGACGACUUCCGGUCGAACAAGGAGCUGGCCCGCGUGCGGAUCGUCGACGGCGGGAACCUGCUGAUCAGCGACGUUCGGCCCACGGACGAGGGCCGGUACCAGUGUAUGGCGCAGAACAUGGUCGGUUCGCGCGAGAGCGUCUCCGCCAAGCUGACCGUGCAAGUGAAGCCCUACUUUAUCAACGAGCCGCCGGAUAUGACGGUGCUGGUGGGCCAGCGGGUCCAGUUCCAGUGUACGGUUGGAGGCGAUCCACAUCCGCAGAUACUGUGGAAAAAGGAAAACGGUCACAUUCCGGUUGGACGGGCCGAGAUCCUGGAGGAGGACCGGAGUCUGGUGAUCAAGAAUGUGGCCCAGGACGAUCAGGGCGUGUACAUCUGCGAGGCGCACAACUCGGUGGGGCAAAUCAGUGCCAAGGCGCAUCUGGUGGUGAACUCACCUCCAACGUUCAUCAUCAAGCCGCAGGACCAGCGCACGAAUCUGAACGGAGUGGCCACCUUCAAGUGUACCGCCUCGGGGAAUCCACCCCCGUCGGUGUUUUGGACCAAGGAGGGCUCACAGGUGCUCAUGUUCCCGAACAACACCUACGGCAGUGUUCACAUCUCUAGCCAGGGUUCGCUGCAGGUGCGCGGUGCCCAGAAGGAGGACGACGGGUACUUUGUGUGCUCGGCGCUAAGUGUGGCCGGGUCGACGACGAGCAGGGCGUAUUUGCAGGUCACCAGCUCGUUCGACAGCAGCCCGCCGCCGCUGCUGCAGGUGGUCCCGGCCAACCAAACGCUGCCCCGCGGCAGUGUGGCCAUGCUGCCGUGCCGCGGCUCGGGCCCCUUCAGCCCGAAGAUCUACUGGAAGAAGAACGGCACCGACAUCACCGCCCUCGGGGCGCGCUUCUCCAUCGUCCAGGGGGGCACGCUCAAAAUUGACGAUCUCCAACCGGAGGACACCGAUUGGUACUCGUGCGUGGCCUACUCCGAAAAGGGCGAAACAUCAUGGAGUGCCCAUCUGAUGGUCGAGAAGAGCCCAUCAUCGGCUAACUUGCACCGGUCCUCGCACUCCGGCGAUCUGCUUCCGGCGGCCCCGUCCGUCCCCAAGGCGGUCAACAUCACCAACAGUAACGUGACUCUGGUUUGGGCUAAAAGUGGCCCGUCCGGCGAUGGACAAAGCGAUAAGCUGCGGAACAAUCCGGUCACCGGGUACACGGUGGAGUAUUACAGCCCGGACGACAAGGACGGGUGGGUGCGGGCGGUGAGCCGGAUUGCGGCCAACACGGCGACGAUCACCAACCUCAAACCCUCGACGCCGUACCUGUUCAUCGUGCGCGCGGAAAACGUCCACGGCUACUCGGCCCCGUCCCCGCUGUCCAACCUGAUCCGGACGCUGUCCGCCGACGACGGCGUCACGAUGCCCGAGGAGCUCGAGGCGGCCCGAAUGGUCCUCAACGGGAAGAUUUUGGAGCUGGUGGACGCGGUGGCCGUCAGCUCGACGUCGGUCCGUCUCGAGUGGCAGCUACACAUCUCCAGCACCGAGGAGUACAUCGAGGGACUGUACGUGCGGUACCGUGAUCUCGGGUCCAACUCGCAAAAGUACAGCAUGUUGACGAUUCCGAACAAUGCGGCGGAAACGCACGACAUCACCAAUUUGGCCAAGUUCACCCGGUACGAGUUCUUCCUGACGCCGUACUUUAAGAACGUCGAGGGACAGCCGAGCAACGCGAAGAUCGUCCAGACGCUGGAGGACGCACCGACGGCGGCGCCGGUGAACAUUCAGACGGGGAUGUUGAACUUGACGGCCGGGUGGGUCAAGUGGACUGCGCCACCGGUGGAGCAUCAGAAUGGAGUGCUGCUGGGGUAUAAGAUUCAGGUGAAAUCCGGCAACUCGUCAAAAAUCCUCGCCUCAAUGACCCUCAACGCCACCACGACCUCCGUCAUGCUGAACAACCUCACCACGGGCGCCACCUACCGGGCCCAGAUCGUGGCGUACAACCGCAUCGGCGCGGGUCCCUACUCCAAGGCGUCCUACCUGAUCAUGGACCCGGCGCACGUGAUCGCUCCUCCUCGGGCUCACAACUCGCUGAGUGACAUCGGAGGCUAUCGCCAUCACAACUUUAUGCACGAAACUUGGUUCAUGAUCUUUGUGGUGCUGGCGCUGCUGAUCAUUUUGACGUUUACCGUUGUUGGGGUGGUUGUGUUCUUCAAGAAGCGGCAGAAUAUGAGUAAGGCGAUCGCGACGGUUCCUGUUAUUACGAGCAGUGAGAUCUCCAGCAUGAACAUGAACAUGAAUAUGAAUAUUAGUAGGAAGGACUGCUUGUGGAUUGAUCGAGGUUGGAGGUCGACGGAUACGGAUAAGGAUUCUGGGCUGAGUGAGAUGAAACUGCUGGAGGGAUCGCAGAAUCCUUCGAAUUAUACCGAUGUUGGGACGGAUUACGCCGAGGUUGAUCCUCGGAGUAUAACCUCGUUCUACAAUUGUCGGAAAUCUCCGGAUAACCCUUCACCAUACGCAACGACCAUGAUCAUGAGCGGAAUACCGAACGAAAACGGCAAGCUGCCGUACCAGGAAACGUACUCUUCGGCGGCCUCCAGCGUCCGAUCGGACAUUCCGUACGGACCGGGCCAUCCGAAGGCCUUCGCCAUGCCGUAUAAUGCGGCUCCCUCUAACUGGAUCGAUUUCCUACCCCCUCCACCGGAACAUCCACCGCCAAUCCCGCAAGCUUUAGACCAGCACCUGCAGCACCUGAAUCACCUUAACCAUUUGAACCACGUCGUGUACCCGUCGGAACUGAUGGGUGGUGGAGGAAAUAAUGCCACCUCCAGUUCUCAGGGCUCGCGUUACGGCGUCGGUGGUGGUGAUUCGUCAACCAUGUCCAGCGGGCACAAUGCUCAUCACUCAUAUCAAUACGUAGAUCCAUCACUGCUCGGACGCGGCUCCUCCCGCAGCAGUAGCAACGAACUGCGCAGCCCUCCGCAACCUCCAACCCACCUGUUCCUACACCAAAGCCACCAGAUGCCACUGCCGCCGCCCCCGCUGUCCGCGUCGUCCCUCACCAACGGAGGCACGGAGGUGUACUUCCAGGAUGACAUCUACAACAGCCCCGUCAAGAGCUGUGACCAGCUGCCGACCCACUUCCGGAUGCCGGGCUCCUCGUCGGCCAACUCGAUCUCGUGCUGUCCUCCGGCAGGGCGGGGAGGCGGGGGUCCGGGGAUGAAGCAUCAAGACUUUUUGGAGUACCAGCAGCAACAGCAGCAGCACCAGUUGGGACACCUGACGCCGUCGGAGUUGCAUAUCCAUCAUCAGAAACGAUUAUGCGGCAGCUGUGACGCCCUGUCCCCGGGACCUGCUCCUCCUCUUCCAUCCGGCGGCGGACUGCAGAAGAUGCCAUCCUCCGGCGUCAUCGCUAAUGGCAGCAGCUCCAACGGCUCCCAUCACGGAGGUCCCGGUGACCCACAUCACCUCUCUAAUCACCAUCACCAGCACCAGUUGGAAAGUGGGGCCAGCUUCAACGGUGGAACCUGCUCCUCGGACGGUUCCGGCCGGAGCGGUGGCACCGGCGGCAGCAGCAGCAGUGGAAGUGGUGGCUUUUCCCAGCGAUCCAAAUUUGCCCGCCAAAUGCAGCAUGUAAAUAGGGAGAACGCCGUCAACGGAAACUAUCAUCAUCAUCAGAAUCAUAAUCAUCAAAACGGACAUCAUCAUCAUCAUCAUCAGAAGCAGCAGCAUCAGCAUCAGGAGCCGAUCAGCGAGCGUGAAGAGACUGAAAAUGAUAAAAUGCUUAAUAUUAGUAGCUACAGCUGUGAGGACGGCGAGGACGGAACGUUGAGUGCGAAUGGACCGGGGCUUCGAGGUGGCCUCGGAACGGACGACUACGAGGAUGACACCUGCUGCUCGUGCAGCGACGAGGGUGGGUCGUUUCUGUACGAGGAACCGAUGCAGGUCAAGUGAGGUGAGCGAUUAAGGUGGGGAGAAAAAAAAAUGGGGGGAGGAGGAAAAGUUCCUGCGAUGAGUGAUUUUUUGUAAAGAUUUUUGGAGUCGAAUCAUGAACAGUAGAGUAAAUGCAAAUAGUGGAAGCGAGUUUAUAAGUAGAAGAUAAAAGUGUUUGGCUUUGAAGUUAUCUGUAACUCUUUUGUAAAGCAUUUUGUGGAUGCAAUCAAUUUGUAUCUAACUGAUCUUCAUUUAAAUUAUCUGAGCAGCUUUUUUUUAUUGAUUCAGAUUACGAUUCGCAAUCUAAAUCUUUUGAUCUGUUAUUUGUAAGCUAAAGCAUAUCUCCAUAUUAUUUUUUUCGCUUAAAAAGUUUUUCUCGUGGUAAACAAAUUUAUGGUUGCAAAUUACAUUCAUAAAAAAACUGAAGAUUGAAGAUUUUUGCAAUUCCGUUUUCAGACAUUUACUUUUUCUGUCAUUCUAAGGAGACGAAAUGGCCUACUUAUCAUCAACAAAAGUAACAGUGCUGUAAAAAUCAUUUCAAUACUUAUUUGAGCGCAGAAAAGUGAAACUUUGCAGCACUUGUAUCCAAAUAGUAGUUUUUCACGAGGAGGCAAAAAGAAGAUUCUCUGAUUGGAGUUCCAUACUUCAUUUUUUGCUAUUCCGGAAACACCCUUUCAAGUUCCGAAAAACACUAUUUGAAUGUGAUUUUAAAUCAAACUUUCAUGCAUUUAGUCUAUUCACCGUUCCAAUUAAAAUUAUAUUCAGAGAUGUUAAUGUUGCUGUAAAAAUCAACUUUAAACCACACAUUUGAGUGCUGGAAAGUAUUACUUUUCAGCUGUUGUAUCAAAUAGUAUUACUUUAAGAUUUUUUAUUUUUGGUGGAGAAAAGUAGGUCAUUCCGUCAUUCCAGAAUGACAGGAAAAAGUAAGUUUUACAAUGGAAUUGCAUCAAUAGAAUAAAAUUAAAUCAAUAUUUAUUUUAUAAAAAGAACUUUUAAACAAUUAUUUUUUUUUAUCAAGUUGGGACAUUUUUUGACUUUACAAUU